GUUGAGUUGAGAGGUUAAGUUAAAGCAUUUCAAAGUUUCUAAAAGCUGCAGAAAGCUGCCGGCAUCCACAUGUUUCCCGCAUUCCUCCUGUUAAACGUUAAAUCUGUGAUAACAAAGUUUCCAAGUAUUCGUUGACAAUAUUUCUUGAGCUUCUUUUGUUUUUCAAGUUUGCUAAAGGUUUUGAGUAACAUUAUGUCUAUAAAACACUUUGUCUCGGUGCUUCAUCAAAGGUCUGUCAGAAGAUAGUAUUCCUGUUCGGGCACAAAUAUGUGCCCACUGAGGUUGAGCUGCAGAUUUUUCAACCUCUGAUGUACUCAGCUGUUUCUGCAAUUUGAAUUAUUACAUCUGAAGAAGUUGCAGCUUUAAGAACCAUGAAGCUUUAUUGCUUGAGCAGCCAUUCAAACAAGCCAUGUUAUGUCUUGAAAAUGAAGGAAAUGACAAUCAUGUUAGACUGCGGCUUGUCAGCUCAAAGUAUUCUCAAUUUCCUGCCACUUCCGCUUGUGCCAAGCCCGCGUCUAGGAAGUCUCUCUAAUUGGCUGCCACGCGAUUGUAACGAUCCUCAACUAGAAGGGGAAUUGAAAGAAUGUCAUGGGAGAGUGUUUGUUGACUCUGCUCCGGAGUUCUGUCCUCCUCUAGGAAAGUUGAUCGACUAUUCUGAAAUUGAUGUUAUUUUGAUUUCAAACUACACUGCAAUGCUGGCACUUCCAUACAUAACAGAGGGAACUGGUUUUCAUGGGAUUGUCUACGCAACAGAACCAACUCUGCAGAUUGGAAAAUUUUAUCUAGAGGAGCUUGUACAAUACUUAGAACAAACGCCAAAAGCAGCCCUUGCAAGCCGAUGGAAAGAAUUGCUACAUUUACUCCCUCCUCCUCUCUCGGAAAGUUUCAAACCCCGUUGCUGGAAACAGCUGUACAAUCUCACUACUCUAUCAAGCAGUUUGGCUCGGAUUCAAACUGUUGGUUAUAAUGAAAAACUGGAUGUGUAUGGGGCUUUGAAAGUAACUGCUGUUAGUUCUGGCUACUGUCUAGGUAGCAGUAAUUGGGUCAUCAAUCUUGAUCAUGAAAAAGUAGCUUAUGUCAGUGGCUCUUCGACUUUGACAACUCAUCCAAGGCCCAUGGAUCAAAACGCUCUUAAAAAUGCGGAUUUACUAAUUUUGUCCGGACUUACACAAGUCCCCUCUUCAAACCCCGACUCAAUGUUGGGAGAACUUUGCAUGACUGUCGUCAGCACUCUCCGCGGCAAUGGUAGUGUCCUGAUUCCCUGCUACCCUUCUGGUGUAAUAUACGACCUGUUUGAAUGUUUAUCAGCGCACCUGGAUAGCUCAUCCCUCUCCCAAAUACCAAUGUUCUUCAUAUCUCCUGUUGCUGAUACCUCUUUAGCAUAUUCAAAUAUCCUAGCUGAGUGGCUGUCCGAAGUUAAACAAAAUAGAGUUUUCAUGCCAGAAGAACCGUUUCCUCAUGCAUACUUAGUGAAGAUGGGCCGGUUGAAGCACUUCACACACAUCUAUGCAAAUGGAUUCAACACUGAGUUUAGAAUGCCUUGUGUAGUAUUUUGUGGUCAUCCUAGCCUUCGGUUUGGAGCCUCUGUUCAUUUUGUAGAACUGUGGGGAUCAAAUCCUGCUCAUACAAUCAUUUUCACAGAGCCUGAUUUUGCCUAUCUUGAUGCUCUAGCCCCAUUCCAACCCCUAGCAAUGAAAGCAGUCCAUUGUCCCAUUGACACCAGUUUAAACUUUGUCCAGGCAAAUAAAUUAGUAAGAGAAUUAAAACCAGCAAAUUUAGUUCUACCUGACUGCUACACCGUUCCUCCGCCUUCUUUGCCUCAUCGAACUGAUUUAGUCAUCCAACAGGCUGACCACAAAGUACUGGUAAUGAAAAGAGGUGAAGUUAUUUCCCUUCCACUCAAGAAGAAGAAAGUCAAAGUGAAGUUAAGCGCAGAGUUAGCCAGCUGCUUAACUCCAACUCAAAUUAAACCUGGAGUCAUGCUGUCAUCUCUCACUGGAAAUUUAGUCGUUAGAGAUAACCAUUUUGAUAUUAAGAUGUUUGAAGGUAGUGAAGGUGAUUCAAAUCAAUUGUUACCAGUUAAAUCCAGUCAGAAUAGUCAGUUUGAAUGGGGAACUGUUAAUGUAGAUCUCUUUGUUCAACGAUUAAAUGAAGAAGGUAUUACAGAUGCCAAAGUAGAACCCAGUCCAUCUGGCUACAUCAUACAUUUGCAAAAUCAAGACACUGUGAUUCAAAUCGAUGAUAGAUCCACGCAUAUUUUCUGUGAAGAGCCGGACCAAAAACUGAGGAAGCACCUGCGGAAAGUUUUAUCUGAAUGUUUGAAUAAGUUUUAAAGAUCAUUGUUCUUAUGUGUAAGUAAUUGCUAUUUUUUGUAAAAUAAAAUUUUAAAAUUUCCUA